CCCCUGCGCGCUUCAGGAAGUCAAUAAGAGUGACCCCUGAGGGACGCACGAGCAUUAUCUCGAGAAGCACCCCUGUCUGAUGCCAAGCAGCGCCAGGAGCACAAAAGGAAUCAUGCCUGUACCCAAGAAAGCUGGAAGGAAAAACAGCAGCGUUCCAGAAGAAAAGCUGCCACCUUAUGAGCCCAAUGUCCCUGAACCUAUGACCAGAGCUGACUUCAUGAAAUACUGGAUCCCUGUCACCCUGGAUGACAAAACAGCACAGAAGCUGCUGUGGAUUUCAGAGGGGGGUUCAAAGGUGGCUCGUACAUCCGAUGCCGUCUGCCCAUAUCCAAACAGACCUGAAAGAUACGAACACUCACCACAGGUGCUGUGCAAGGAGAGUCUGCAGGGUCACCGGGGGUACUGGGAGGUUGACUACGGCGGCUGGGUGGUGAUCGGUGUGGUUUGCGACAGCGCACCCAGGAAGGGUCAGGACGGGCCCUGCGGCCUUGGGGAGAACAGCGGCUCCUGGGGCGCUGGCUGGUCUGGCUCCUGCUACCAAGUGUGGCACAACGGUGAGAACGUGGAUGUCACACUCCCUGAUACCUCCAGGAUGGGCGUCUACGUGGACCAGCCUGCCGGCAUCAUCAAGUUCCUUGUGGUGGAGGGCGAGGAAGAGAAGGAGGUGCGGCUGAUUCACAAGUUCAAGGCUGACAUCCAGGAGAAGAUAUACCCCGGGUUCUGGAUUGGUACAAGUUCGUUCUGCAUUAUUCAGAAAAAGGACCAGUGACACAGCAGAGGGUUUGAAGCGCCAGGGAAGACCGUUGAUUUGUGUAAAUUUAAAAGUUUUAAAGAGGGAGAUAAGAAGUUGGGAUGUUUGAGGAACAAGUGCUGGAGCUGUAAAGCAAAACCUAGCAUGUUAAUACAUUUGAUGAGGGUUACAUUUGCUUUCUCUGGUGCAUGUAGAAAGCAAAUCUGUUUCAUAUUAUAUGCAGAUGCCUACUUAUUUUAUUUACUAUUAUUUAUCUAUUUAUACUUAACUUAGAACUUUAGGCAAAGUCUUGUUUUUUUUUUAUCAGAAAGGGCUUUGCAUGUAUUACGAGUGCUUGUAAAUUUUUAAUGUACUGAAUGUAGUCAAUAAAUUCUACUGUGUAAAAACA